UGAAGCAUCAAUUGAACGAGGUCACUCUAACCAUCAAUUUCACAGUACAAUCAACAAUAGUGAGCGAUGGCAGAAUCAAUCUACCCACCCUCGAUAGGCUUCAUUGGACUUGGGGCAAUGGGCUAUCCCAUGUGUUCCCAGCUCCGCCAGAAACUACCGGUCACCACGCCGCUGUAUAUUUUCGACGUCAAUGCCGCCGCGCUUACACGUUUCACCAUCGAGCACGCGAAUAGCGGUCCCAUUACCGUCUGUUCGUCUGCGAGGGAAGUUGGAGAAGCCGCUGACACAAUCAUAUCGAUUGUCCCGGAAGGCACGCACGUCGAAGCGGUGUACCUCUCGGCGAGCGGCCUACUGCGUGUAUCCAACCUGGCGGGAAAAACACUAAUCGACUCCUCGACGAUCGGGGUGUCAACCUCGACCUCGGUGUCCUCGUUUAUCCCCGCGGGCACGCGCUUCCUCGACGCGCCGGUCUCCGGCGGCCCCAUGGGCGCCGAAAAGGGCACGCUGACGUUCAUGGUCGGCGCAGCGGAAGACGCGUUCUUCACUGCGCGGCUGCGCCCGCUGCUAAUGCUGAUGGGGAACAAUAUCUUUGCUUGUGGAGGCCCAGGAUGUGGCCUCGCUGCAAAGCUGUGCAAUAAUUACCUCUCCGGAUUGAUCGCUGUGGCCACAAGCGAGAGCAUGAACCUCGGCAUGCGCUCAGGCCUAGAUCCCGCCGUCCUGCACGCGAUCUUCAAGACCUCGACAGCGCAGAACUGGGUCAGCGACAGCUGUAAUCCCGUCCCGGGGGUAUGUCCGGAAGCGCCGCCGAGCCGGGGGUACGAGGGCGGCUUCAGGGUCGAGUUCAUGAGGAAGGACUUUCAGCUUGCCGUUGAGGCGGCGGAGCAGGUCGGUGCGAGGCUGGAGCUGGGGGAGGCGGGGCUGAGGGUUUAUACUGCUGCUAGUAGGGAUGAGAGGUUCCGCGGAAGGGACUCGAGAGUGGUUUAUAAGUGGCUGGGGGGAAGGGAUCCGACGGUGGCAGAAGGAGGGAAGGAGGCAGAGAUGUAGUUAUGACGGCGGGAUACAUAUAGAACGGGA